AUGACUGAUGACCUUCAGGAUCAGCUGGAUAUUCCAGCGGAUCUUACUGUUGGGGAUACUGCAGAAGCCUCAACUGCACGAUCAGGUCCCCGGAGGCUCCCGAAGAAACGAACUAAGACUGGCUGUUUGACUUGUCGAAAGCGCCGGAUCAAGUGUGGCGAAGAGAAACCAAUAUGCACCAACUGCGUGAAAUCCAAGAGACUCUGCGAGGGUUAUGCCCAGCGAGUCGUGUUCAAAAACCCCAUAGGCAUAUUUGGGUCUUUCAGUACUGGCCACGGCCAGGACCUGCAGAUAGAGCAACAGCAUAUGAGGGUGCCGAUAUACAACGACUAUGGCUCCCAACUCCCUCCCCAACAGGCGGCAGCCGCUGCUCAGCAUCCAAUGCUGGCUCCGCGACCUGUCGAUCCGGCGACGAUGGGAUAUCACUCAUUCCCGUCUCGGGUCCCUUCGCCCACUCAAAGCCAGCCGAUUAACGCACCUCCCUUCUAUUAUUCAGCGGCUCAAGUGCAGGCGCCAACCUAUGUGUGGCACACUCAACCGAUAGCUCGAGAGGAAAGCACGUUCAUUGCAUCAAAUGUGACUGACUCCUCACAAUCACAGCAGUCAGUUCAGCUAGGACAGACGAACACUCCACAUAUGUCUCAUGCUAUCACACAAAAUGCACCUCAGGUCACCAGUCCAAUCGGCCAGACAGCUGAAGAAUAUGCCUCCAAUCUCUCCCCGCUACCACCUCCCAAUCCAAUGCCGGAAAGCAGGGAGAGCGAAAUCAACAAGAUCCCUCAGGUAUACAUUGCCAUGAUCUUUCUGCUUUUCGCAGCCGAUAUGCUGAAUACGAUUUCUUAG